AGGGGUGGUGCAGAUAGCAAACAAUAUCCUCUGUAUACAUAACCCAACCCACUCGCAUCUCCAUAUCUAACGACGUCGUAUGCACAAAACAAAAACCCCAAAGUAGCGUAGAAUCUUUCACUCUUCAUUCAAAGUAGCGUUAGAAUCUUUCACUCUUCAUUUCUAACUUCAAACCCCGCUCGUUUAUUCCAGAAAAAUUCAAGUCUCUGAAAAUUCAUCGAAAAUGAAGAAUUUCCAUAAACAUUACUUUUCAAAUAUUAUCAUAAACAGAGAAUUAGGCUUCUCAAAUCCAAACUCUUUUACUCAUCACUUUUAUGCUUCCCAGGUUCUUGCGAAGAAGUUGAAUUUAUAUGCGAAACUUGAGGGCCAUGAAGGAUGUGUGAAUGCAGUGGAAUUUAACUCAACUGGUGAUGUUAUUGUCUCAGGUUCUGAUGACAAACAAGUUAUGUUUUGGAAUUGGGAAUCCAAAACUAAACUAUUUGAUUACCAUUCUGGCCAUGAAGACAAUAUUUUUCAGACUAAAAUCAUGCCGUUCACCGAUGAUAGUCGAAUAGUAACUUCUGCUGGUGAUGGUCAGGUAAGGCUUGGCCUUGUCCAGGAGGAUGGUAGAGUUAACACUUCAAUGCUGGGGAAGCACCAUGGUUCUGUAUACAAGCUUGCUGUGGAGCCAGGAAGCCCCCACAUAUUUUAUAGCUGUGGUGUAGAUGGAUAUAUUCAACAUUUUGAUUUGCGAAGUAGUUCUGCUACGAAACUUUUCUGUUGUUUCUCGUCCAUAGGGAACAAAAAACAGCCUUCAAGAAAAGUAGGGUUGAACUCCAUUGUGAUUGACUCUAGAAUUCCAUAUUACUUUGCAGUAGGCGGAUUGGAUGAAUAUGCACGGGUUUAUGACAUAAGAAAAUGCCAGUGGGCUGCUUCAAGAGAUUCAGACCAACCUGUUAACACAUUUUGCCCUAAUCACCUAAUUGGGUCAAAUAAUAAUGUUCAUAUUACGGGAUUGGCCUACUCAAAGUCAAGUGAACUCCUUGUCUCAUAUAGCGAUGAGCUCAUCUAUUUGUUUGACAAGAAUCCCCCUUCAUCUGCUGCAUCUGAAGAUCUGAAAAAUCUUAAAGAGACACAAGUUUACUCGGGCCAUAGAAAUGCAAAGACAGUUAAAGGAGUGAAUUUUUUCGGGCCUAAUGAUGAAUAUGUGUUGAGUGGUUCAGAUUGUGGCCAUAUAUUCAUCUGGAAGAAGAAAGAUGCUAAGUUGGUGAGAUUAAUGGUAGGUGAUCAACAUGUUGUAAACCAACUUGAGACACAUCCUCACAUACCCUUUCUAGCUACUUGUGGCAUAGAAAAAAAUGUGAAAAUAUGGGCUCCUCUAGGGAGUGACACUCCUGCACUUCCUUCAAACGUUAAAGAGAUAAUUGAGGCAAACAGACAGGGAAGAGAAGAUCGAACACGGGUCACCCUUAGUCCCGAUGUUAUAAUGCAUGUUCUUCGCCUGCAGAGGCGGCAAACAUUGGCGUACACUGAAAGAAGACACGAUAGGGCGGAUAUUGUGAGUGACGAUGAAGAUGAAGAGGUGUAUCUUUUAGGAUUGGUAGAUGGUGAUAUCUCUUCUGAAGAGGAUUCUUCUGGAAAUUCCAGGGAUUGCAACAUUAGCUAAAGCUUAAAAAAUAAGUUUUGUUGCUGUUGGAUGACUAAUUCCUUAGAAUAUGCCGUUAACCUCGCUGUUUUUCACUGAGGGGUACCACAUGCAUUCAUCUUUAAACCAUGUGCUAACAAACAUCACUAGGGAAUAGAUUGGUAUGCAAUAUAAAGGCUAGAUUGUUCCCGAUGAAGUUUGAAGUUCUGAUCAAUUGUAGGCAAAUUCAGAUACUAUGCUUACAGGUGUAUAUUUGGUAUUUGGUAUGUACAAAUAAUCUCUCUCACUCUAAAUGUGAUUAGUGAUUUUUGUUUGUCUAUCAAUGAUCUACUUACUGUAGGAGUAACUCUUGUAUAGUUACUUCAUUCA